AUUGGGGCCAGGUCCGAGAAAACUCUAACAGAUCUGAGUUAAUGUUGGAUUAAUUUUAAGGUUUCUGUUUUUGUGUCGCAACGCGAAUACUUAAGUCUUACUUGAAGACGUCAGUUAAAUAUUAUUUAGCCUGAACUUACACUUUCCAAGAAGUCAUUGGACGUUGAAGCUUCGGCAGUGACGUUACUUCCCCUGAUCAACUUUUUGAGUUGACUAUUUGGUGCGGUUUUCUGGUGAACACAUUUUUUGUUCCUAAGCUCUAUCGGCUUUAAAUUUAAGAGGAUUUAAAGUUAUUUUUUCUCUGCGUUCCUUGUGAUGGGUUGUAUUGUAAGUUCAGUCGCUUGCUGUUUUUGCAGUUCUGCUGCUAGCUUGUGCUGUUCAUGCUUACCUAGUUGCAGGUCUUCGACGUCUUCACGAAUGAUGUUUAGUAUUAUACUUAUUUUUACGAUCCUUCUUUCAGUAAUCGCUCUAAUUCCUGACGUUAGGGAUUAUCUAACUAAAAUUCCUGCGCUUUGUACACCUUUUAAGCUGUUUCCAUUCACGGAUGAGAAGAAAGCCUCUCUAAAUUGUGAUGCCAUUACUGGUUUUGGAGCUGUUUACCGUAUUUGUUUCGCAUCAACUAUGUUUUAUCUUUUAUUCUGCGUAAUUAUGAUCCGGGUCCACUCAUCCAUGGACUGGAGAGCGAAAUUACAAAAUGGGUUUUGGUUCUUCAAGUAUCUUUGUUGGUUUAGUUUAUUGAUUGGUGCAUUCUUCAUACCCGUUGAAGGUUUUACAAAUUUAUGGAUGUACGUCGGAAUGAUUGGGGGGAGUUUGUACAUAGUCAUACAGUUAAUUCUUCUUGUGGAUUUUGCUCACACAUGGAAUGAGAACUGGUUAACACAGUAUGAAGAAAGUGGGGAAAAGUGUUAUGCAUUAGGUCUGAUCUUUUUCACUUUUUUCUUUAACUUAUUGUCGAUCGCUGGGAUUAUACUCUUGUUUAUCUUUUACGCAAGUGCUUCACAAUGUGGACUAAAUAAGGCUUUAAUCAGUCUUAAUCUUAUUUUCUGCUUCAUCGCAUCAGUUAUUUCAAUUUUACCGAAGGUGCAAGAACAUAUGCCACAGUCUGGUUUGUUACAGUCCUCGAUCAUUACCGCUUAUGUAACUUUCCUGACAUGGUCUGGUUUAACAAAUGGUCACGAUCCAGUAUGCAACCCAUCUUUAAUUAUCACAAACAGUACAAGUACACAGGAUGGUUCAGUUGUUUUGAAGUUCGAUAGGCAUAUUGCUAUCGGUAUAAUAGUGCUCAUUUUCUCUGUCCUUUACUCCACCCUCAGAUCUAGUACAAAAACAUCAGCUGGAAAGUUCCUUAUUUCUGGUACAGAAGAUACAACCUUAGCAGAACAAUUUUCUGGUACUGAUGAUGACAAUGGACGUGAUGGUCAAAAAGUAUGGGAUAAUGAAAAAAAUGGUGUGGCUUAUAAUUAUUUUAUGUAUCAUUUUAUGAUGUUACUAGCUACAUUAUAUGUUAUGGUCAUGCUUACUAAUUGGUUAAAGCCACAAAAUGAUUUGAAAACACUAGUUAGUAAUUCAGCUGGUUUUUGGGUACGUAUUGUAAGCAGUUGGGUAUGUUUAAGUAUUUAUGUAUGGACAUUAAUUGCACCAGCUCUAUUUCCUGAUCGUAUAUUUUAAUCAAACUUAAUUUUCAAAUGAAUAUUGAAAUAAUUAUUUUAUUUUAGAAUUCAAUAAAUUCUUUCUUUUUUUUUUAUAUUUUUAAACACAUCAUCUUUAAAUGAAAUACAAAGAGAGAUCCUUAUUGUGCAUAUUUAUUGACAAUCAUUGCAUUGUUAUUCUUAUUUAUUUUAUCCAAAUUAAUUUGUUUAAUCAAGUUUACAUUAGGUUCUUUUUCAUAAUCAUUAAUCAUUAUAUAUAUAUAUAUUGGAUUGGAUUUGUUUAAUAUGCAUUCAUCAGUAUUCAUACAGCCUUGUUCAUAAAAUUAUCUGUUUCUAUGUUGUUUCUAUAUGUAAGAGAUUAUUAACUUUAUAAUAAGAAUAAUGGUGGAAAGUAUUUGUUAUUUUUUUUGUUAUUUUAUUGCAUGCCCAAGGCAUGCAAUCAGCACUUAAUCAGUUGGCAAUCAGUGUCCGCAGGUACGGUAUGUGCUUUGCACCCUCCAAGUGCAAGGUACUCCUACAAGACUGGCAGGAUUCUCAUCCUGUACUCACCCUGGAUGGUGAGGAGAUCGAAGUAGUUGAGAAGUUCGUGUAUCUAGGUAGCUAUAUAAGUGCUGGUGGUGGCGUGAGUGAUGAGAUUGAUGCACGUAUAAGGAAAGCCAGAGCGGCUUAUGCCAAUCUGGGCCAUCUUUGGCGCCUUCGUGAUGUUAGUCUGGCUGUAAAAAGUCGGAUUUACAACGCGUCGGUGAGAGCAGUUUUGCUCUAUGCUUGUGAAACCUGGCCUCUCCGAGUUGAGGAUGUUAGACGUCUCUCUGUGUUCGAUCAUCGUUGUCUUUGAAGGAUUGCUGACAUCCAGUGGCAACACCAUGUUAGUAAUUCAGAGGUUCGGCAUCGUGUGUUCGGGCACAGAGACGAUAAUUCAAUUGGUGUCACCAUCUUGAAACACCGACUUCGGUGGCUUGGACAUGUUUUACGAAUGUCGUCCCAGAGACUUCCACGUCGUGCAUUAUUUGCCGACCCUGGGACUGGUUGGAAAAAGCGGAGAGGAGGUCAGUGUAUGACAUGGUGUCGUGACAUGAAAGAAAGCUGCAAAGGGCUGGCUUCUGUUGGUCCUUCACGACUCCUUGGUUGGGGUCCGAGAGAUGGUGCAACACAGUGGCUAGAGACGUUAUCAGAUAUGGCUCAGAAUAGAAGCCAGUGGCGAUCCUGCUGCAACCUUCUUUUACUUUCUACAUAAAGAAUGGUUCUUACUUUCCUAUUUGAAAGAGUCUUCUGGUUGUACAUUUUAGUCCGCCUUAUCUUUUCAUCCCUUCUCUUCCUACUUUCAUUAUUUUGUGUGGCGCAUAUGUACCUGGUGCCCUUUUGUACCAAUAUAUAUGUGUUUAAAUAAAUAAAUUCUUUCAUAU